AUGUCUUUCCACAAGCUGCGUCUUCUCGUUUUCAGUUCGCUGAUCAACUGCUCUUUGUGUGCCCAUGUGGUGUUCGUCGAUCACUUCACCUUCACUGUCGAUGAUCGAGACCUGUUCCUGUCCCAAAGUGCGGUGGUCGAACAGGAUGGCAAUCGCAGUUAUCUAUCUGGCCAUAUGAUGAUUAAUCGAUUGGUGAAUGAUCUAACAUUGACUUCAUCGAUGGACAUAACGCGUCCUCAGCGACCGGAACUACGACUAUAUAAUGUUCAGCUCAAUUUUUGUUCGGUACUCAACAAUGGUUAUAAGAAUAAGUUUAUCAGAAUGCUGUACAAUAACUAUGCGCAGUUCCUGAACACCAAGCCCAAGUGUCCACUUAAGCCGAAUUUUAACUACUCUCUGCAUAGAGCCUACAUAGACGAGGCCAUGCUGCCAGAUCUACUGCCGGAGUGCACUUAUCGCUUGAAAAUGUCCUUUAAGCACAAAUCUAAACUAUUAGCCCACAUGCAAAUCGAUGGACGAUUGCUCAGCAAACGUUAA